AUAACAGAGUCCCAAAUUCAUAUGACAAACACUCCUCUUCCAGCAUUAGCUUCCAGUCCCACUGAAUCAAACAUCUCAAAAAACCUAAUUUUGUGAAUCACUGUUCGGAAGGACUAAGGAGUCCAUUGUCUGCAUCUCCAAGCCAAAGGCGAAUUCUGCAAUCAAAUUGGUUCACAAAUUCAAGGAGAGGCUCAAGCGCCAUUCAUGGCGAUUUUGGAAUCCCUAACGAGUGAGGAAGAGCAGUUUCAUAGGAGAACCUUUUCAAAGUUCUCAUCUUUUGGUUCACGGUUUGGAAAUUGCGCGGGAAUCGGCGGUUGAUCAACUGCACUCGUGAUUGUGAUUUGGGAGAUGUUAUUUAAACGGACAUGAAUCUUUGGGUUGGUAAUGUCAUGGGUUGGGCUUUACGGGCUUGAACCCGAACCCAUUGGUUAUUUUGACUCCUUGUCUCCUCAUAUGCCCUAAUUUUCCACCCUCCAGAACGAGAUAACCAGAGCGAGAUGGUCGGAUUCUCUGGAACAAGCUGGGUGGCAAUAUCAUCUUCUCGAUUCGCUGCUGGAUCAACACUCCCUCCUCCAACCCGCCCAUUUGCUGGCUUCUACUGUUCAGCUUUAUCAUGCUGGUAUAUUGUUGACAAGGAAGUUGUAAAAAUGGGCAGAUCGAGAUCAGGAAAUAAUGGUUGCCUCACUCACAAAUGGCGAUGCCCGUGUGGUGAUGAUCAAUGUUAUAUCAGAGUGGAAAGUGACGAAGAAGAUGCUCCUAUGGAGGGAGAGCUUAAUCUUCCGCCAGGAACUUCUAGUUCUUCAUUCAUUCAACAAGGAACACCACAAGCGGAAUGCACUGUGUCUGAUUCUCUUCCAUAUGUGGGACAGACCUUUCGAACUGAUGAUGAGGCCCAAGAAUAUUUUACCAACUUUGCUCGGAAGAAUGGCUUUGCUAUCAGGCGAGAACGGUCUAAAGGAAACCCUUCACAUCCAUUGGGAGUUUAUAAACGCGAGCUUGUUUGUCAUCGAGCUGGGGUGUCUCUCCCCAGGAAAACACCAGAAGUAAAACGCCAGAGGAACAAGAAAUCAACACGGUGCAAGUGUGAGGCGCAAAUGAUCAUUAAGAAGAAUAUUUCAAAGGGUGUCGCGCGGUGGGUGGUUAGUCAUUUUAGUAAUGAGCAUAAUCAUCCUCUGUUGGAUAGUGAAGAAGUGCGCCAUCUUCCUGCAUAUCGAAAUAUAUCAUCAACUGAUCGUGAACGUAUCCUAGAUCUUUCAAAGGCUGGUUGCACUGUGAACCUCAUAAUGAGAGCUCUUGAAAUGCAGAAAGGGGUCAGACAAGGUGAGCUAUCAUUCACAGAGAGAGACCUAAGGAAUUUCCUUCAGACCUCGAAGAAUAUAAAUCGAGAGAAUGAGGGUUCAGAACUUCUCAAGGCUUGCAAGGCUAUGAAAGAAAAAACCCCAGAUUUCCACUAUGAGUUUUCAGUGGAUGAGAAUGACAAGCUGGAACAUAUUGCGUGGUCAUAUCCGGACUCUAUUCGUGCCUAUAGGGCUUUUGGAGAUGUGGUUGUAUUUGAUACAACAUAUCGUUUGUAUGCAUAUGAUAGGCCUUUCGGUGUCUGGUUUGGUUUGGACAACUAUGGUAAUGCCAUAUUUUUUGGAUGUGUUCUUCUUAGAGAAGAAAAGCCACUUUCUUUUAGAUGGGCCUUGCAGUCAUUCAUCCGUAUCAUGGAUGGGAAGUUUCCACAAACAAUGCUGACUGAUCUGGACAUGAGACUUAAAGAAGCUAUGCUGAGCGAGUUACCAAACACAAAACAUGUGUUUUCUCCUUGGAAUAUUACAUCAAAGUUGCCAAGCUGGUUUUUUGCCAUACUUGGUCCCAGAUAUGACCAGUUUGUGUCUGAAUUCAAUAGAAUAUCUAAUCUGGAAAAUGUGAUGGAUUUUGAACAGCAAUGGAGCCAAAUGGUUUUUGAGUUUGGAGUUGUCUCAGAUAGGCACAUAGUCACUCUCUCAUUUCAUCGGGUUUGUUGGGCAUUGCCAUACUUGCGUGGAUGGUUUUUGGGAGGAUUGAUGAAAAUUGGCUUUUCAAUGUCAACUAAAUUAUUUUUCAAAGGUUUUUUGGAUUCUCAAUUACGCCUUAAGGAUUUUAUUGAGCAGGUAGGGCUUGCAGUUGAUUUCCAAAAUCAAGCAAGUGAAGAAGCAAUUAUGCGACAAAGUUAUCAAAAUGUCAAGAUCAAGACAUGCAUGCCUAUGGAAGAGCAUGCAUCAAAGGUUCUUACAAGUCAUGCUUUUGACAUGUUUCAGAAAGAAAUUGUGUCAUCAACACAGCAUGCUGUGUAUGAACAAUCAGGUGAGGGUUAUCUUGUUCGGCAUCGGCUGGACACUGAUGGAGGGUACCGAGUGCAGUGCAUUCCCUCACAAGAAGAAAUCCAUUGCAGUUGUAAAGAGUUUGAAACAUCCGGAAUCCUCUGCAGACAUGCUCUUCGAGUACUCUCAUUGAAGAACUGCUUCUUGCUGCCUGAUAAAUAUCUUUUGCCUCGAUGGAGGCACGAGAACUCAUUGUUCCCCAGGAGUAGUGGCUAUAAAUAUUGGUCUCGAGCAUUGCGGUCACUUGCUUCCAUCAUAGUUCAAGAAUCAUCUUUGACGAAAUCCCGCUUCGACUAUGUGCAGUGGCAUAUGAGCAAAUUGCUAACUCAUCUAAGGGAAAUGCCUACUGUAGAUGAAACUACUGCAGAUUUGGGAUCAAACUUGUCAUUUGAUGCUACAACUACAACUGAAGUCAUUUCUAUAGAAACUACUGCUUCAGCUUCACGCCCGAGAGGAAGACCGAAAAAGUUAAAAGUACUUGUAGAGGCAUAGCUAUUUUUACAUGGUAUUCUAGUCGAGAUUUUCUCUUGGUUAAUUGUAACUGUGUAUAUAUGUUUGUCCUCAAACAAUUUGUUUAUGAUUCUGUACUUAUGUUUCUUGAAUUACUAUGUGUUGAUGAAAGAUAGAUUAAAGAGAGCAUUAGU